CAAUGAGCGAGUUGAUUGCUAUGUGCGUUCAAGAAGAAGAGCGCCUUAAAGUUGAAAGACCAGAUGUUGCUCAUCUCACCACCACAAACUCAAAGAAAAGGAAAGGCAAUCGUCAAGGAGGAGGAAAAGGUAACAUUUCUAAGGUCCCAAAGAUAGGUGCAAGCGUGAGCUCCGGUCCUUACUGUAAGUUUUGUCGCUUCAAAGGGCAUUACCAGAGGGAGUGCCCUAAGUUUAAGGCAUGGCUGACUAAAAAAGGGAUUCCAUUCAAUCCGGACAUUGAGAAGAAAGCAAAGAGUGAUUAAGGUGGGGAACAGAGAAGAAUUAGAAGUGGAGGCCAUUGGAACUAUCUCAUUAAUUUUAGAGAGUGGCUUCAUUCUUCAUCUUCGUGAUGCUCUUUAUGUACCUAAUAUUACUCGUAAUUUAGUGUCUGUAUCGAAACUAAGUGCUGAUGGUUUUACAUUUAAUUUCGUGUACAAUAAAGUGAC